AUUGCUGUGGUGUCGCGUUUGACAAAUCAGUGACGCAGUAUACGUACGGCUACGGAAGGCACGAGUGGGUCUGGGUUAAUUUUUCGGUUUCAAAAUCUUCAGUAUAGACCGUCUAUGGUAUAGACCUGGCACUAACAAACGAGGUGGAGUCUUAUUCAUCGUGGUGGUUUGUGAUGUAUGAAUGGAUAGUUGACGGAUUAUCGUCGCUCUUCGUGCCUUUUUCUGGUGAGAAAUCCGCAGCCUGGCCUAGUGAGCACGGGAACGGUGAAGCUCGAGCCGCGGGAACAGACGCGCUAGACAACAGUAACGUUAGGCCCGCCAAACGCAACUAUCAAAGUGUGUACUCAGCUGAUUGUGUGACCGAAUAUCCAGAGGUCAAAAGAGCAAGACAUGAUGUGAUUGUCAGGGUUGUCAAGAAGACUUUUGCAGGGAUUGCAGGGCUGUUCCGAUCAAAACACUACAGAAAGACAGAACAUGAAAAACAGAAAGCCUUUACAGAGGUUGGCACGAUUGCCUUUAUGGGUAUUGAUGACAUACACAGCAACAGCCUGAGUUCGUGGAUUGAGAGUGACGGGAUGGAUAAACCGAUAGAAAUUGGACCUAAAAAUAAAGAAAGCACAGCAGCCAAUGUCCACCACAACCCCCAGGCUUUAUGGAAACCUGACAGUGGAGCAAUGCUGUACAAGGGAAGGCAGGACAAAGGCAGAGAUGUACGCAGAUCCCUGAAGCUUGUGCCGUCUUGCACCGCCCACGGGCUAAGCACAAGACCGGCUGAGAUGGAGCAUCCGAGCCGCACACACAAACCUUGCCUGACCGUGGAGGAGGCACUGAGAGAGAGCGAUCGAGAGCAUUAUAGGAAGCUGGUAGAGAUGGCGUCAGAGAAAUACUCAAAGAGCAAGCCAUUGCCGUUUGGACGGAUGAAGCCUCCAAUCACAACUUUCUCUGUUGAUGGACACAAGGCAAAUGGACACACCUCCAUUAGUCGCACUACUGACAUGAGCAGACCUGCUCCAGUCAGAGCCAAACCUAAUGUGUCUGCGUGGCGGGAUCCACUGUUGCAAACUAAAGACAGAACACUAGAUGUUAAUCGAAGCACUACAGCAAGUGACAUCAAGGAAGGAGCCUUGAUUAAUCAAACUGCAAGAAAAAUUCCUGUAGAUGUGGAUCUGUCAGCUCAGGUUGAAGCCAGGUUGAACCUUAAGGAGAAAGAAAUAGUGGCAGGACCGUCGCUACCUUCCAGAUCUGAACUGAUUACAGAUUCAGUGAGGCGCGGUGAGGAGGAGUUUCCCAGACUGACCAAGGAGAUGCAGCAGGAAGUGAGUGCUGCUCUUGCUCAAACUGAUCCAAACCUGGUUCUGUGCAGUGCUUUCAAACUGCGUAUCACACAGAGGGAUCUGGCAACCCUGCAAGAGGGCAGCUGGCUCAACGAUGAGGUGAUCAACUUCUACAUGAAUCUCGUGAUGUCCCGCAGUGAGCAGGAAGUAGGGGGCAGGAAGGUCUACUCUUUCAGUACCUUCCUCUUUCCCAAGUUGCAUAGCGGUGGACAUGCUGCAGUACGGCGGUGGACUAAGGCUGUAGACCUCUUCCUGUAUGACAUCAUUCUGGUCCCCCUUCACCUGGGCGUUCACUGGUCCCUUGUUGCUGUUGACUUCAAAUCAAAGUCUGUACGAUCAUAUGAUUCCAUGGGUCAAAGGCAUGAUGACAUCUGCAACAUGAUUUUGCUUUAUCUGAAAGAGGAGUUCAAGGUGAAGAAGGGCAAAGAUUUGGACACGUCAAAGUGGAACUUGAGCAGUCUACGACCUUCUGAGAUCCCUCAGCAGAAGAAUGGGAGUGAUUGUGGUGUGUUCGUAUGCAAAUAUGCUGAUUAUAUCUCCAGAGGACGCAACCUCACAUUCAGACAGAAUCAUAUGCCAUAUUUCAGGAAAGCUAUGAUCUGGGAGGUCCUCAAUCAAAAGCUGCUGCAGUAGGAGCAUUGGGAAUGUCGUACUGACUGAAUCAGAUUUACCAAAGCACAGGACCACCAUUCAUCUGUCCCUUCUGCCCUUUUCUAGAGAUAUUUGGCUUUAUAUUGGCAAAAUUCCACCCAAUUUUUCUAACAGACAGUGGAUUGCUGGUUUUAGGCUGGGUUUCUUUGCACUAAUAACCAAUCCCUACUGUACGAAUCCAAACACUAUAAGCGCAAAUGUGAGCAGAACACUGGAUUGGGCUGUGAGCAGGUGGAAGCCUCAUUAGCGUUUGAGGCUAGAAUCGUUCUCAUUCCAAGAAUGUAGUCUUAUCGCCCCCUACAGGUUAUACUGUGAGACUUUCCCAACUCACAGAAGUAGCUGUUGAUGUUCUCAUGUUUAGUUACGAUGGGGGACUAUAGUUACAAAAUGGACCUUAUUUUCAGUAAGAGUUUCUUGGCGUGGGGAUGUUAUAGUUACGUAUCUCUUUUUACAUCAUAUGUGCAUUAAUAAGGAAUGAUAAGAAUAUUUAUUUUGUUUGAAUGAGAUGCAGUGAUGUCUGCUUAGUAUGUCAAGACUUGUGUGUUUUAAAACCUACAAUGUUACCCAUUAGUGUCAGAGCAUCCUAAUAGCAAGGUUUCAUGUGCAUGGCGAUGAUGGUGCUUGCACUGAAAGCAACAGUAUUCAGUGGAUCUCUUGUUUCUUUUGUGUCUCUAAAUAGUCCUGGCCUCCAAGUGCCUUGUUCCAAGAGCAUCUCAUUUUAAAGCCAUUAAAAUAUUGUGGUUUCACAACUGUUUCUGGAGCAUUUGAACAAGCUUGUUUUGUAGUUAU